AAAAGCCUGAAGAGCCUAUUCACCCAGUUUACAUAAUUUUUUUCAUCUUCUACUCUGAUCUGUCACUUUUCCCUUGAAACUUCUCUGUCGUUGCGCAUUUUCGUCCACCAGUAGUAAUGUUUGCUACCAGCUCAGACGAAAACAUUCCAUUGAUGGCAUCGCAUGAUGCAGAGUCCGCUAUGUCGUCGCCCUUCCAAAGCCCAUCGAAGUCCUUCAACGACAUGAAGUCUAAUUUGUCCUCGAAGGACAUCUUCAGAAUCGCCAACCAGUCUGUGGACGAGUUUCUGUCGGAAAUAGAGUCCAAAAACCAGGCGUCCGACAUCAGCCUUCCGGAAUUGCAGCAAGUCCGUACGCCUCCGCAAUCCCCCUCAACACAGCCCUUGCACGUCGAGAAAAACAUACUCAGCAGUCUGGAUAACAAAAUAGGGGCUGUUGCGGGUUCCGGAGAAGAUGAAGAGGAGGAGGACGUCACGCCAACCGAUAUCGUGCGUGAUCCGUCAACACUCUCCGUUGCCACACACAACCGCCAACUCAAUGGACCUAAGCCCCCAACACAAUCGCCAGCAAAGUCGCCAAUAAAGUCUCCCAAAAAAGUCACCAUCGAUGAAUCUCCAUCAAGAGUGCAUAAUUACGAAGUGGAGAAAGAAUCCGAUUUUGACUCAGACUCUGACGUUUCGUGCUCAUCUUUCGAUAAACAGAACCUGCACUGGUCAAAAGUGUCAAUCAAGCCUUUCGAUAAAGAUUCUCAAAGCUUGGCAUCUAAAUUCGCACACCUACCUUCAAAGCCACUACCCAAAAUCACACCAUCGCAAUCGGACUACUCGAUCAAGUCCAUGCCAAACAUGAAUUACCUCGAACUAGACAGCGACGACUCAGAUAUCACUAUAGCUCCUUCUCCCGCAACCCAUUUAUCGGCUCCGAAAAGAGUGCUUUCUUCCUCUUCCUCAUUCAAUCAAUUCCACUACGAUCAUGAUCAUUAUAUGCAAGAUAUGAAGGCAGGAAAUUUGGUUGAACCAAAAGACAUCAAAUCCAAAAUCUCUUAUAGUGAUAAACUGAAAAAAGAUCUAGUCCAAUCAAAUGCAGUACCUUUAACACAACAACUGAGAAACCACUUAUUAGAAGGAUUUCAAGAUGAUGCAGGUCUAGAUCGUUCAGAUUCGGUGAAAUCAAUGAUGAGCAUCUCCGCUGAUGACUGCAAACUCGACACAAAACAUCCCAAUGCGAAGGUGGAAAGAUCUGAUGUACCGGAGCGUGACGAAAUCGUCAAGUUGAAUAAAGAACAAGCCGACUUUAGUGAAAGUGAAAACGAAGAGGAUGACACGCUCUCAAAGAUAAAUAACCCUAAAAACAGAGAUUCAGGUAACACCCACAAACGUACUUCUUCACUUUCCAAAUUGGUAGGAAAUAUUAUUGGUUCCAUCUCCGGACGUGGUCUGGAUCCUGACCCUGUGGCCUACGACGAUAUUGAACAAGAUGUUGCCAAUCUUAGGAAAACUAGUUUGAGGAAUAUUUCGGUUCAAAGUGUCGCUACUACCAUUACCGAAUCAGGUUUUGUCUCUGCGGAGGAAGGACCAGAUGAUAACAACGACAAUACUGAAGAGCUACUUUUACCUAGUUACAAUCACCAACAGGAGAUUGGGAAAGUGAGUCCAGAUGAAACCAUAGAUACCAUAGUUGUAACGCCAACAGAGGAACAGCAUCCAGGUGACUUACUUCCUGUAGCAAAGCCUACAGGAUCUAACACACCUUCCAAUACAAUCUUAGAGCCUCAUUUAAACUCUCCAGUUUCUCGGCCAGACGAUCAGGCAAGCAUCCUUCAGGAAGCCAUUGCUUCUUCAUCAAACAACACUAGUUUUGGAUCUGAUGAUUUCAUAUUACAUGUCCCAUUUGAAGAUGAUAUUUUAGAUGCCGAAUUUAAUGAGUUUAAUAAAUCCAUCCAAACCAGAACAGCAUCCAAUACCAGCUCAAGUGGCUCACAGUCUCGUGUAAUAAGUAUUGAGCGGACAGAGCGAAACGAAAUGCUAGACAUUUGGUCGAAGCAGCGAAACUACAAUAUGCCAUUUAGAAGGCAUAAGGCAUUCGAUAGUAUACAUGCACCAUCGAAGUCAUAUGUUGUUGAAGCAGAUCAUCAUAAGGCCAUUAAGAUAAUAAAUGCAGCUCCCGAGUUCAGAACUUUCUCCGAUGAAAAUUCCUGGAUUUAUCGUGAAUUAGAAGUUUUACCCAAUGGUGUGAACAAGAAUUUGGUUAAGCCUUCAAGCCACAGCCAUACUAAUAGUGAUUCUAGAAGAUUACAGAGGGCCAGCUCAAAGUCAUCUACUCCCAAUACUCUCAAGGUUGUCAGCCAUACAGUUGAGUCCAAUGUUUCUACAAUUCCUAAUCUCAAAAAUUCGUUCAGCAUAUCAGUGGAUGCUGAGGAUCUAAAUAAUCUUUCAGGAGCAAGUGUAAUCAAGCAUACGGAAUCCAUAAGAUCAAUCAACCCAAAUCAAACCAACAACAUGACGGCAUUGAACUUGAGUAUGGAAUCCAAUGACGAUGCUAGCAGAUUUUCACAAAUAUACGAAAAUUCGUUGCUGAACGAUCUGAAGAACUGGAAUCCAGAUUAUUCCUCUGCAGAUCAAUCUUAUGAUAUUCCAAAGAAGUUUGUCAAUUCACAUCCUGCUAGACAAGACAGUAUUGAUAUCUUGAAACAAGUGUGGCACGAUACCAAUGAACAAGACGUAGUGAAGCUAACUCACUCUGAUACUUUCCAGCGUCUGAAUGGUAAGAAUAUUGAAGAUUUUUUGAACAAAAAGAGGACUAUCAGUGAUGAAUACCAUGUGAAACAAGCUAAUGUCUCGAAAGCGAGAGUACAAAAUGAUCAUAUUGUUUUGCCUGAGCAAAGAGCAAGUAUAUACCAAUUUGGAAAUGAAAGCUAUUCAAAAAUUGUACCUGAAUUGGGUAUUGCCGAUAUAGAUAGUGACGGUAACUAUUAUUAUGGUAAUGAUAAUCAAAACAGUUUGAUGCGAGAUGACAACUCAGGUUUUGAAUUCAACUUAAAUGGUGAUGAUUCUAGUGAUGCUGCCGAACAAGAUGAAUUGGAGAAACAGAUGAUCACGGAUUCUAAGAAACUUGAGGUAGAAAUUUUACGAAAUGAUGAAUUGGUUCUCAAAAACUCAGACCUAUCAUAUCCCGCAGGUAAUAACUUAUUAACACCCCCAAAAAGUCCUGUUUCUCCUGCAAGGCAAAAGAUGGUUGAGAAGUUUGAGAAACAAUUGAAACAAAAAAGAGAACAACAAGCUCAAAAGGAAGUGUUAGAAUUACUGCAAAAUAAGAUCCAUCAAGAAGCGCAACUGGUUCAAGCAUUCAGCCCACCUCCAAAAACCAAGAAGACCGCUAAUAUGAUCUCAGCUAAGAAAAGAUCUUACUCGGUGAAUGAAGAUAGUCUUGACAAUAUAUAUGAGAAUUUCGAUAACUCACCUACCAGAAUUUCAUAUGUUAGUCCUAAACGAGAUGAAGUUGAAGCCAGCAAGUCAGCUAGUCCAGAAAGAAAUGCUAACGGAGAAAUAUCUUUCAAUCCAUUUGAAUCACCAAAAAUCAAAUCAUUGGUGAAACCUGAGAGUAACAUUUUCAACGUGCCGGCUAAGGCUUUGAUUAAUGACGCGGGGUCAGCAAACCCUUUCCUAGACGACGAAUCAUCCUCAAAUUUCCAAAAAAUCCCAUCCGUUAGUCAAGGUGCUGAUACAGAGAAUUCAAAUUUGGAUAAUGAUAAAACUCAACCCAUUAUCACUGCCCAACCUAAAGUUAAAACUGAUGCUAUUCCAUUAGUUAAUGGUGAGCAGGGUAGAUUAUUCAUAAAACUAAAGGAUAUAAGCGGCCUAAGAAUACCAGAUUUGAAAAAAAGAAAUGCCAAGUUUCAACUGGUUUUGGAUAAUGGUAUCCAUUGUAUCAAGACCGAUUUUGUGGAUGCUGGCUCACAAGCCAACAUUCCCCUGAGCAAAGAGUUUGAGUUAAUUGUUGCUGAGAAACUAAACAUCAUUAUCACCUUGAAAUUGAAAUAUGACAAACCUCAGCCAAAAACAGUUGAGGUUGCCGAGAAAAAGAAGGUUAAGAGUAAAGGUAUGAUGGGCAAGUUGAUGGGUAAGAAGGAAACUAGGGUCGUUAAGAAGAUGGUUACUCAGCCUGCGGAAGAAGAUGCACUGGCCAGUUAUGUUGCUAGCGAUGGUUCUUUCAGUAAGUUGAAAAUCAGCUUUGACGAGUACAAAGAGCAAAUUUUUGCCAAGCCAAGUACAUAUGCCUUGACGUGUUUCAAUGAGUGGAAGACUACGAAAACUGAGAUGGGUGUCGUGAGGAACUUCAAGCCUAUUCCAAUCUGCACGUUGAACAUGAAGAUGAUGUUUGUUCCACGCACAACGGAGCACGAGAUAUUGCCGAUCAGCAUUGCCAACGCCUUAGCUCAACUAAAGCAAGUGAGAAAGCUGACUGACGUCAAGAAUGAAGGCUACAUGUCGCAGGAAGGCGGAGACGUGGAGAUGUGGACAAAGAGACUCUACAAACUCGACAACUACGACUUGCUCGCAUACAACAUAAGCAGCAGCAAGUUGAAGGCCAAGAUCAAUCUCAAGAAGGUAGUUGAGGUUUCCUCUCCCCGUACGCUUUCUGCUUCUAAUACCCAAAACAGCACUGCGGCCAAUCUUCCUGCCAAAAAGCGUGAUUUUUCCGACAUCGACGGCAUGAUCUUGAACAACGGUUUCAAAAUCCGGUUUUCCAACAACGAGACCAUCAGCUUCGGGUGCGAUACUGCAGCCGAGAGGGAUAGAUGGAUAAAUUGCUUUGAGCAAUUGAUCAUGGUCAACCGAUUCCAGAGACAGCCAUGGUUGGUGAGCAUGGCGCAGGCCAUGAAGGACGUUCCCAUCGACAGCAUGGUUGUAUGAUUGUUUUUACUGCAACACUGCUAUAUAAUUGUGCUCUAAUCUGAUCUAAUCUGAUCUGAUCUAAUCUAAUCUAAUCUAAUCUAAUUUAAUCUAUUCAACCAAUUCGAUAAGGACGUCAAC